AUGAGGUUUACUGCAGUAAGAGCCUCGUUAGACGCCUUGAAACAACUAGUAGAGUUUAGAGUCAACACGAAAGGAUUCGAAUCUAUUUUAACAGGGAUUAAGGUAUUGGACGGAGGCGAGGGUAACUGUAUAUGUGAACUCCCUGUUAAAGAAGAACUAUUAAACGGUGUAGGUACCCUACAUGGCGGUAUGACAGCUACCCUGAUGGAUGCAGUGUCCACCUGGGCGUUGAUGACAACUGGCGACAGUAAACCAGGCGUCAGUGUAGAUCUUAGUGUAUCAUAUAUGAAAGCAGCGUUUCCAGGAAGUAUUGUUGUCAUAGACGCUAAAACUCUCCGGGCUGGUAGAAAAUUAGCUUUUUUAACCAUAGAUCUUAAAGAUAAAAAAACGGGUCAACUUCUAGCUCAGGGAAAACACACCAAAUAUCUAGGUUAA